AUGGCGGAGACAGAAAACGAAUCCUCCUCGGCAAUACACCUUGAGUCAAGUAAGAGAAGCAGUGGAAAUAUUCGAGAGAUUCGCAUCUCUAGUCCUAGACCUCGCCGCGGACUCACUGAUGGAUCCAAAAGAUCACCUGUCCGAGACUCAAGGGAUCACAGGAAGAAGCGAAGCAGUUCUAGGGCAACCAAACCUGGUGCCAUUUCUACCAAUUCCAGCAAGCAUUCUGGUGAGCGGUGCAAGGAGCGAAGCAGUGAGAAGGCAUCCAAACCAGGUGCCGUUUGUACCAACUCCAGCAGGCAUUCUGGUGAACGACGCAAGGAGCGAAGCAGUCAGAAGGCAUCCAAACCAGGCGCGAUUCCUGAGAAAGUUGGCAAGAAUCAUGUUGCUCGAAAGAAGGAACGAAGUAGCCUCGCAUCGAAGCCUGGCGCUGUUCCCAAAGAUGCGAGGACUUCUCGCAAAUCAAGAAAGGGAGAAAGGGCUAGAAUGCCCUCCAACCUAUCCCCAGUACCUGCCAAGGCCGACAAUCAGGAAGGCGAUGUUCUGGUGGCGACAACUGUGGAUGAUAACUCAGCAGCACAAGAAGUUGUGCAAAUUGAACGCAAGUUUGAGCAAAAGGAAAAGCAACGUCGACAAGAAAUGGAGGAGCUUAAUCGGCAACCUGAAGCUAAGAAAGCGCAACGAGAAGUAGCAGAGAAAAGACGGAAGGAACGAAGAAAUCGAAUGAUUACUGCUAUGAUUUGCAUGAGCAUACUUGUUAUGGUUGCCGCCGCCGGAGUCGGCACCCAUUUUGCCCUUCAAAAGGAUGAAAGCAUCAAGAACUCUACGACGCUAACAGGUAGUACUGAAGAUCUAACUACAGCACCAUCAUCUACAUCCAUUGAUGAAAACAUCAAUGUAUCCGAUGCACCUACAAGUGGUCCAACCGUAACCCAGCUAUACGAUCCACCUAGUCAAGAAGACUGUCUUGCUAUCUCCAGGAAUGAAACCAUCACUAGACAGGAAGACUUGGAUCAGCUCCAGUUUGACAUGGCCUUUGAUGUCACUUUGGAAACGGGUGGCGAUAUCGCCGAAGAACAAGUGCAAUCUCUCUUGGAUGUUACGCAAGGGAAGCUCCUUCCAUCUUUGGCUGUUUGCCCUAGUCCGACGGUCAAUCGCCGCGGAUUGGCAAAGUAUGGACAGCCAAUGUUCAGAGGUGCCGCACAGCAAAAAAAACUUGCUAUUGGAGGAAGUCGUUAUAGCAUUUCAAUGCAUUUGCCACUGGAUCCGGAUGAGUUCUGUGUUAUCACUCAGGAUUUGAACCUGUGUCAAAGAAUCGUGGUCACGGUAUCUGUGACUUUGAAGGGGCCCGUCCAACUCUUGGAUAUCACUAUUCUGACCCUUGACACAGUAGCAGAAAAGCUACAAGCGGAAGGGCAAGAUGAUGCUAAUUUGAAAGGUCCGUUUGGAUUUGGCAAUCAAUUCGCUGAAGUGCAUUUGAUCAAUAUUGAUAAUCAGUCAGCAACAACGGCUACAAACCCAAAACCAUCAUCAGUUCCCAGCGAAGUUCCUUCUUCGAAAUCUACUGGAAUGCCAACUGGAGGACAGGUAAUAUCGGCUCCAUCCAAAGUGGCAACCUCGAAUCCUGCUGGAAUGCCAGCUUUGGGGCAGGUAACAUCCUCCCCAUCCAAAGCGGUAACUUCGAAUCCUACUCGAAUGCCAGCUGUAGGCCCAGUAACACAAGCUCCAAGUCCAUCGCCAUCAAGAACUACGCUAUCGCCAUCAAUUACCCCAAGUACGGCUUCCGUAGUUGAUCCGACUCCUCACCCAUCUGCACGUCCAACUGCAGUCUCAUCCGAUAUACCAAGUCUCGAUCCUUCUUCUAUGCCUUCUUUGUCACCAACACUGGCUCCUGUGGUAGGCCCAACACCUCCUCCAUCCACUGCACCCACCAUAUUGCCAUCUAUUGAACUAAGUGAAGUGCCAUCUUUGAAUCCAUCUUUAAAUCCAUUUUUGAACCCAUCAUCGCAGGAACCCAACCGCGCGUCCUACACCCAUACCAACUUCACGGCCGACACCCAUUCCAACCCCACUUCCUACAGCCAAUCCAACGCCACGUCCAACACCCCUUCCGACCCCACCUCCUACUCCGAUGCCAAUCCCUUUCCCCACAGCAUCACCGACAAGGCGUUGUUUUCAGACGAACAGCGAACUCACGGGUGCAGUUGGCAACUGGUUUCAGUCAAAGGCAUCCGUCAAGAGCACUUAUGGAUCCAUUGGCGACUGGUGUUCUGGUGUAGGUGUGACCAGUAUGUACGAACUGUUCAUCGAUCGCACUUCCUUCAACGAGGACAUUUCAAAUUGGGAUGUUUCUUCAAUAACCAAUACAGAGAGGAUGUUUAG